ACUGGCAGGGAUGGUGCUGGGAGGGCACCCCCUGUGCCAGGACCCCCACCUGGGCCGGGAGGGAGACUGGGAUGGGGGUCCCAUCCCUCCUGCUGGGAGCGAGGGGCGCUGAGGGAAUCUCUUGGGGAAUGGGGGGAUCCCCCAGGGGAGGAGGUGGGAUCGCCCUGUGUGGGAUCUGCCGCCCGGCUGGGCACAGCCUGUCCCACCGGCACUAAUCCCGACAUCCCCUCCCCACCCAGGGCGGGGGAAGGACACCGGAUUACCCCUUGGGAGAGAAGGGAGCUAAAUAAUCCUAUUACCCCCGGGCAGGAUAAAUCUCCCUCCCGAAAAGCCCCCCAGAGCAUCUCCGGGCUGUGGGACGGAGGGAGCAGCACUGGCCUUGGGAACCGUGGGACUGUCAGGUGCAAGCAGCUGUCCCGUGCCAGCGCCGGAUCCGCAGGGAACGCCGUGAGCCGGGGCUGGCUGCCAGCCCCCCCCCAGAGCCAUGAGCCUGGAGCCCCCCAAGCUGGAGGUGAAAUCGGCCACGAGGGUGACCGGGGGUCCCGCCACCCCCCGCAAGGGACCCCCCAAGUUCAAGCAGAGGCAGACGAGGCAGUUCAAAAGCAAACCCCCCAAAAAGGGGGUGCAGGGGUUCGGUGAUGACAUCCCGGGCAUGGAAGGGCUGGGAACAGACAUCACUGUCAUCUGUCCCUGGGAGGCCUUCAGCCACCUGGAGCUGCACGAGCUGGCUCAGUACGGCAUCAUCUAGGACUGGGACAGGCCUGGCUGGGUCACCUGCCCCAUAGUGCUGUGUAGGUAGAGGCUGCUCCAUCUGUACAGUGGGGCUCUGCUUGGAAAAAUUAAAUCCUG